GCGGCGCUAGCAGGGUAGUGCGCUCGGCGUGAGGCCAGCGGCGGUUCUGUUCCCUCUUUCUCCCCCGGCCGGGCCCGCAGGGGAGAGUGACACUGACCAGGCGGCUCCGUCCCGGCGGCAGCCCCCCGCGCCUCCUCCGCUAAAGCUGAAAGGCUGCAGGGACGAAUGAAUUGCAGGCAGCAGAUGCUUGGAUGAAAGAAGAAACCAACCACAUGGUGAAAAUUUCUGAAGCAUCUCUGUUUCCUUCUGAAAAAUAAGCAGUUUCUGAGGACUGAAGGACCUGCUAAAGGGAACACCUGCUUUUGAGGUUGCAAAGGUGCUAAAGCAUGGCUGACCUGGAUCACAACCUCAGUCUUGCGGAUGCUCUGACAGAGCCACCUCCCGAGAUUGAGGAAGAAGUGAAAAGGGACUUCAUUGCCACCCUGGAAGCAGAGAAAUUUGAUGAUGUGGUUGGAGAAACAGUAGAUAAAACAGACUAUGUUCCUCUGCUGGAUGAUGAUGAUGAUGAUGCAAAAGCUGGGAGCCAGGAACCAAAAAGCAAACCCCAUGCAAGCGGUAUUCAGGUGGAACAUAAUUCAGCUUCUGGGCCAACAGUUAUAGAAAAUGGUGACCAUGGAAUAGAGGAUCACCGCACAGUAUUCCCAGGAGAAAUCAUGGAUGAAAAGCUGUCUUACCAAGAAUUCCUCGAUCGCAAUGACUCCUGGACAGUGGAUGACAGAGACCUGUGCUUUGGGUCACAGCCCGGGUACAAACCCGUGGAGAUGGCUGACCCCUUCAGCAUGCACAGAGGGGAAAACCUUCCUGAAUUAUCAUUUCCUGCUGACAUGAAGAAUGUGCCGCUGUUCAUGGACCAUGUUGAUGCUUCCAGAGACAUCUAUGCACCACACGGGUCUCUGAUGGCACCUGAACAACCUUUCUUGGGGCCCCUGUAUUCUCCUGCAGAGGCUCUAGACCCAUCAGCCUUCAUUGGCCUGGAUUCAACUGCAGAAUUUCUGCAAGACAAAGCAGUGCCUGAAGAACAUUGGAUGGGAGCUCAGCAUGACACGAAGGGACCAGAUGCCUCUUUCUUCGUUGAGCCACCAGUGCCCCCCACCGUGACUGAAGCCCCGCAGCUGAAUUUGCCCGCAAGCCCCGCCGCAGCGGCGCCUGGUUUCGUUCCGACUGCGGUAGCGGCAUCCCCGGGAGAGGCUGGAGCUGCUGAUGGACCAAAGGGUGCGGCAACAGCAGAUGCAGCGUGUGUUCCUGCCUCGGAUGUCACGUCUGUUUCUGCAGAAGAAGCUGGCUCCCUUCUUGCAGGAGACACCAAGCCUCCUCAAGCCCUGGGUGCCGGAUUUGCAUGUACAGCAGAAGCCAGCCCUCUUCAGGCUAUGGAGGUUGCCUUUGCUCCUGCACCAGAAGCCAAGCCCCCGAAUGCCACCAGUGAAGCAGCCGCCCCAGUGGCAGAUACUGGCUUUGCCCCAGCAGCAGAUGCUGCGUCCCGUUAUGCUACAGAGUGGGACUUUGCCCCAACAGAAGACACAGGGUUUGCCCUGGCAGCAGAUGUGGAGCCUCACCAUGCUGUGGAUUUGGCGUUUGCCCCGGCAGCAGAUCAUCAUGCCAUGGAUUCUGAGUUUGCCCCAGCAGCAGAUCAUCAUGCUGUGGAUUCUGAGUUUGCCCCGGCAGCAGAUCAUCAUGCUGUGGAUUCUGAGUUUGCCCCGGCAGCAGAUCAUCAUGCUGUGGAUUCUGAGUUUGCCCCGGCAGCAGAUCAUCAUGCUGUGGAUUCUGAGUUUGCCCCAGCAGCAGAUGUGGAGCCUCACCAUGCUGUAGAUUUGUCAUUUGCCCCAGCAGCAGAUCAUCAUGCCAUGGAUCCUGAGUUUGCCCCGGCAGCAGAUCACCAUGCUGUGGAUUCUGAGUUUGCCCCAGCAGCAGAUCAUCAUGCCGUGGAUUCUGAGUUUGCCCCGGCAGCAGAUCACCAUGCUGUGGAUUCUGAGUUUGCCCUGGCAGCAGAUCACCAUGCUGUGGAUUCUGAGUUUGCCCCUGCAGCAGAUGUGGAACCUCACCAUGCUGUGGGUUUGGCGUUUGCCCCGGCAGCAGGCCCUAAAUCCCAUCAUGCUAUGGAUUUUGAGUUCGCACCAGCAGCAGACGCAGAGUUUGCCCCUGCAGCAGAAGUCAACCAUCAUCCUGCCGUGGACUCUGGGCUUGCCCCUGCAGCAGCAGCCGAGCCUCUUCCUGCCAUGGAUUCUGGGUUUGCCACUACAGAAGCCAAGCCUGUCUCUGCAGCUGACACCACGGUCGCUGCCUCUGAAGAGCUGACGACAUCUGAGUCUUCUCUUGAGCAGGAGAAGCCGCCCUUGGACGAGCCUCCUGCAGAAGCAACUGCGCAUGUGGAACAAGAAUCAGGAGUCCCAGAAGCUUGUGUUGCUCUUUUAGAGAAAGCCCAGGCGAGCAGACCUCCUCCCGGCCACCGCGCAGAGCAGCUCCCAGCCCGGGCGAACCGUCUUUCAGACCCAGCAGCUCCAGUAGAAGCAAAAGAAGCCGCUGCACUAGAAAACACAGACCUCAUUCCAGAAAAAUCUGUUACUCCUGUGGAUGUUACUGUUACAGAGAAACAAAAGGAAGAGGCUGAACACAACCAUGUCCAACAUGCAGAACCUCACCAAGAAAAAGCCCUGCAAGAGCCCACAGGUCUACCUACUGCACAAGUAAGGCAAGCUAACAAAUCAAGUGAACGCAGGUUUGGCAGAGCAAAACCUGCCCCAGUGCCUAUUAGAGAUGUACCAGAGGAACGUCUAAUAGGUCUCCCACAACAGAAGAGUACUGACCCAAAAGUAGACCCCUGUUCUGUAGUGGAACGUGGAUGUGUUGCUGGAACAUCCCCUCGCACUAGGGUUUCACAUAAAAAGGCAACUGAGCAGCCAUCCAGUGUGCUGUCGGAGUUUGUGGAGAGCUGCAGAGAUGUACCAAGGGAGAGCUGGGAUUUGGAAGGUUCUCUGGCCAUUGUGAAGAAAAAGAAGAAGAAACCAAAACAGAAGAGAAACCAGCUGCCAAGAACAAUGGAGUUCUGGGAUGAAAAUAUAGCAGUCUCAAGAGCUCCUAGAAAUUCUCCAUUUGCUGCUGAAUUGCAAAAACCAGCUGUGUGUCCUGUAAUGCCUGCUGAAGCUUGCAAAAAGCACUCAGUUGCCUCAGGAAGCGGAGCUUCGGAUUUGCCAGAGGACCCUAAAAUAACAACUGGAAGUGCUAUCCUGGAUGAGCAAAAGGCCGCCUCGGUGCCAGCACCAGGACAGCAGGCCCAAAAACCCAGCGUGUCGUUAAAAUCCGUGCUGGAUGCAAAAAGUGAGGAUGUCAUGAAAACAGAAGAAAUGAGAGAUGACAGUUUGAUGUUGCAAUCUAAAGGCAAAAGAAGAGAGGUUCCCGUGGAGCAGGUAGGCAAGAUGAAGGUAGGGGAAUCUGCUACAGCAAAAGGGCCAGCCAAGCCUACGGGAAGAGAUUUUCUUGAGAAAAGUGAGGAGUACAAGGAGUCAAAAUGUGCUGACCUGACAGCAUCUCUCCCAGAAGCGACCAGUCUAAGCAAAACAGAAACUCCUUUACAGACCAAACCUUCAGAAUCGCUCCUUUCUGAUAAAGAUAAGGAGGUUCAAUGCACAUCUCCCAGGCGUGAAGCGUUCAGUGACGCUGGCCAUCGCGAGCUGCAGGCUUCCAGCGGGUCGCCGGAAGCAGCAGCAAAGAAAAGAGGUAGUUGUGAAAAAAGUGAAGGAGUUGGAAAAGGAUCCUGCGCCGAGGCUGCGGCCCUGCCGGCUGAGCUGCCCAACGGGCCAGAGGCAGCUGAUGGAACGAGAACAGUGUCCUCUGAUAAGUGCCUGGCCGUUGACUUUAGAACUUCCGAGGGAGUGCUGAAGACCCCGGCAGAUACUACUGAAAUGCCUGCCACACCAGUAGUUUUACCAGCAGCCAAGGAAGUUACUGCUUUGCAAAACAGAAAGGCUGGCGGAUUUUCAGAGCAGCCGUUUCCUCUGUCGGCUAAGCCUGACGCGACCGGGCCUCCCACCUCUCCUGAAGCAGUGGCCAGAAUGACGGUAGCAGAUUCCCCUGAUAAAAACAAAGGGAAAGGAUUUACUGCGUUAGAGCAGCAGACUGGAAAAGAUCCCAAUAUUGCACAUGGGAUGGACAGACAUAAAAAAAAGCGUGGUGAAGGGAAAGUGAAAAAAAUUAAAAGCUUCUCUGAGCAGAUGAUGCUUUCAGAUGAUGUAAGCAAACCUACUGAUGGAGUGAGGACAGAUGAGGCUAUAAAAGAAACAACUCACCCUGAUAAAGGCAGAGGUUUCACUGCUAGAGGACACCCGUCAGUAAGCACUACACAUGCUUAUCCUGCAGACAAACCAAAAAAAAGAGGUGAUGGAAGAAGUAAAAGAGGUGAAAGAAGUUUUUUCCAGCAGCCUUUUCUUGAGAAUAAGAUGGACCCAAGUAGUUUUCCUGACGUCGUUGAUAAAACUAAGGAAGUUAGUGAUAAAGGCAGACAGAGGGGCUGUGUUACUGCUGAGUAUUUUCAGGAGAAUAUAUCAGAUGUAACUAAAAUGCAAAGGCCAGUUGAAUUGGUAAGAGGGAAGCCGAAAGAAGAUGUUGGGAAAAAUGCAAUAGCUGAUUUGGGUGCUUUAGACCAACCGUUCCCGCUGGAGAGUAGGAGAGAGGAAGCAAAGCAUCCUGCUAUGGCUGACACGAUCAGCCCAACAAAAGAGGUAAAUUUGAUUAAUAAAGACAGAGAGGCUGGAAUUAGUUCUGCAGGUGAAUCGGUUGCGAUAAAUUCUGAUAGAACCCUGGUGGCAGACAAACCUAGGAAGAGGUGUAGUGAUGGGAAAAGAAAAGAACCUGAAAGAAGUCCUUUGGGGCAGGCAGCUGUCCUGGAUGCUGGGGUGGAAAGAGGCAGUCUUCCAAGCAAGGAGAAGGCGGCUGAAUGCACAAAAGAAAUGACCUUUGAUAAAGGUAAGGUGUCUGGUUUUGAAAGAGAGCUUUUGCUAGAGAAUCUGACAGGUAUAGCCAAAGAGGUGCUGGAAAAGCCUGAAAUACAGGGUGGCACCAGAACCUUCUCUGAUCAGCCGAUUCUUUCAGGUCAUAAAAUGGAGACAUCAGAGCCAGAAAUAGUCAGCACUAAAGAAACUUGGCCCAGGAAUAAAGGUAAGGAACUAGAUACAUCCGAGCCUCUCCCAGAGCACAGGAGAGACACAGCUGUGGCACACAGUCCCACCGGGGAACUGGUGAUGGACAAGCCUAAGAAAAAAGGUAGAGAUGUGGAAGUCAAAAAGGCUGAAAAUAUUCUUGAGCCCUCUGCUGGACUGGGUCCAGGUAACACCCCUGCAGUAGGUGACAAGGUGGGAAAUAUUAAACAAACUCAGUCUUUUGAUAAAGGCAAAGAGACUUAUUCCAGUUCCGUAGUGAGUCUGCUAGAUGACCUAACUGAUACUAGUAAAGUGCAAGCUCCUGCUGUACCUCUGGAGCCAGAGAAAUCACGCACAAGUAGUAAAGAGAAGUGCAAAAAGAUGGAGCCUAAGUCGCAGCAGACAUUUCUUCUGGAGGAUAAGGCAGGUGCAGAGAUGUUCCCUCCUUAUAACUUGGAGAUGGCUGACAAAUCUGAAGCAGAAUGUCCCACUCCUUGCAGCAGCAGGGGUGGACUUCCUAUCCUAGAGCAUCCAGCAGUGGCAGAUCACACUUUGGCCACAAUUACCAAUAGAUCUAAAAAGAGGGGUCAUGAUGGAAAUAGUAAAAAGGCUAAAAAUGCCUCCGAGCAGCCUGUUUCUGUAGAGACAAAACCAAACAGGAGUGAGGUGCAGCCUCCCGUGAGAUCUGAGAUGGAGUAUGGAAUGGUGGGCACGGAUUUCGUAGAUGAAAAUAGAAAUAUUAAAAACUUUCCCCUUGGCCCUCAAAUGCCUUGGAAUACUCAAGGAAGCGACUUCGAAUCCUUUGCUCAGACUGCAGUAACUGGCCCUGAGGACACUGGCAGUGUUUCCUCUGGCUUCCCAGAGCAGACAGGUGAGGCUGCAAAGAGUAAAGGGCCUCCUCCUCCUGAAGCAGUAGCAGAGAAAAGCAGCAAAGAGCCCGGAUCUGGUGCUAAGAAGGAAAUACAGACACAGAAAUCCUAUGAGCAACCGAUCUAUCUGGGGGACAAAGAGCCUGGCAAAGAGGUUUCAAAGAAAGAUGGUGAAAGCAAAGCGGCUGGUUCCCGGGAUGGCAGUGGGGCAGGUAAACCACCUCCGUUGGAUCGGUCAGUUGAGCGGCACGUUAAGUCAAAGAAGGACAAAGUUCACCUUUCUCCCGUGGCCAAGGUGGAGGACAAAGAAAUAAGAACCGCUGAUAAAAAGCACAACGCUGACAACACUUCUUCAGACCUUCCCCAGAAGGCGGCAGAUUCAAAAAGCAGACCAGCUCCUCUGGGUGCCCAGGGGAUAGAGAAACUGGAAGGAACCGGCUCUUCAGGAGAGAAGGGCAUCGGGUGCGUCUCCCCAGAAAUUGGGGCGAUACCAGAGAGCCAAGCAGAAGCAGCCGUGUCGCAGGUUGUGGCAGAAGCACUGACGGAGAAUAAAACUGAAGCAGCUGAGCUGGAUGGAGGCAAGGAGAGUGAGCAGGGCUCAUGGAAACACCCGCCCGGUUUGGACAACGAAGCGGCCGAAGCAGAGGCUGCUGGUUUAAAUCUGACAGCUGCCCAAACACGCGAAAUAAGUCCUAAAGAUGACAAUAAAGGUCACGCUCAGCCUGCAGAAGAGGAUGCUGCUCAGGGUGGGGAAGCUUGUCUGAAGGAUGCCCCGGCGUUGAAGCCUGGAGUAGAUAAACCUCAAGACACAACUAAAGAAAAAGAAGAAGAACGUGAACAAAAAGCUGUGAAGGAGGCAAAGAAAGAGAGAGUUAAAGCAGCAGAACAGCUAAAAGGCUACAUGAGACCCACAAAGGCGAGAGGGGUGCCAACUCUGCCAGCCAGGUCUGCUGCUCCGGACAGAGAGAACCAAAGGCAGCUGAAACCCACUGGUAUGAGCCGGCAGAGGCAAGCAAAAGCAAAACCAGAAGAGACCAAACCAGCUGAAGCUGUGACAGGGAACGAUAUCACAGCACCUCCCAACAAAGAGCUUCCUCCCAGCCCCGAGAAGAAGACAAAGCCUGCCGCAGCUACAUCAUCUCCAAAGCCUGCAGCAACGAAAGCCAGGCCCCUGUCCUCCACCAGCCCCAAGCGGCCAGCCUCUGCCGCGCCUGGCCCAAACAAAAAGCCCACGAGCCCUACUGCAGGUCCUACUUCAGCCACUACUGCUAAACGCCCAGCCACCGGUACUACACGUCCCUCCACCUUAACUCCAAAAGAGACUAAACCAAAGGUUGCAGAUGCGAAGACCACCGAGAAGCGGACCUCGCUUUCAAAACCUCCAUCGUCUGCCACCCCCAGAACCGCUGUCAGGAGCAGCCCUGCUGCUCCGCGGGCAACAGCGGCAUCGCCCGUCGCUGCAGCUGCUGGUGCGAAAAACACCGCUCCUUCUCCCCCCAAGAGGCCAACCUCCAUCAAGACUGAGGCAAAGCCUGCGGAUGCCAAGAAGAGCUCUGCAAAGUCACCAUCAGCAGACUUGAGCCGCCCGAAGAGCGCUCCUGGAAAUGCAGUAAAAAGCAGUGCCACCACUCCUUCUACCGCCGCCUCCAGCGCCCCUACUUUGCCCGGAGUAGCCACCAGUCGUCCCAAAGCCAAGCCUGCUGCAACCAAACCCACCCCAACCUCAACUGCAACAGCAGACGCUAAAAAGACAAGCGCUAAGGCCCCGACUAAACCCAGCGCUGUUGCCAAGCCACCUCGCCCGACCAGCAGCGUUUCUGCUCCAGAUCUGAAAAAUGUACGUUCCAAAAUUGGCUCGACAGAUAAUAUUAAACAUCAGCCUGGCGGAGGAAAGGGGAAAAUAGAGAAAAAGCCAGAAUCAGCCGCUGCUGCGCGCAAGUCUGAACCCAAUGCAGUCUCUAAAAUGGCUCCUACUAAAACAACCGUAUCAAAAGAGGGUGCCCCAAAACAGCCCAAUGGGAAAGUCCAGAUAGUCUCCAAAAAAGCGAACUACAGCCAUGUUCAGUCCAAGUGUGGUUCCAAGGACAAUAUUAAGCAUGUCCCUGGAGGUGGGAAUGUGCAGAUCCAGAACAAGAAAGUUGACCUUUCCAAAGUGUCCUCGAAGUGCGGCUCUAAAGCAAAUAUCAAGCAUAAGCCAGGCGGAGGAGACGUCAAAAUCGAGAACCAGAAGCUGAACUUCAAGGAGAAGGCCCAGGCCAAAGUGGGAUCUCUGGACAACGUGGGACACUUGCCAGCAGGAGGAACUGUGAAGGCGGAGGGGAGCGCGGAGCCAGGGCAGCUCCCGCCGCCCCCCCAGAACGGGGAGGUGGCAGCGGCCCAGGCAGGCGGCGCCGGGCGGGAGCACGGCGUGGGGCCAGCAGCGCCCGCUGCCCCGAGCGGUGCCGACCAGAGGGGAAUUCAGAGCUUCGAGACUCAGAUACAAGAAACAAGCAUCUAAUGAUGACAUUAUGGUAUCGUCUUCCUGUCCCCUCUCUCCUCCUCCUGCCCUUCCCCUCCUCCCCUGCCCUUGUGUCGCUGCAGAUUGAACCUCCCAAGCUGACGUUCCGGGAGCGGGCCAAGGCUCCGACGGACCACGGAGCGGAAAGCGUCGUCUCCAAACCCCCCCACCUCUCCAGCAGCACCUCCUCCCCCCGGCGUGGCACAUCCAUCAGCCAGAGCCGGGGCUCAGUCGCCUCCUUGUCACCGCUGCAACAGCCAGCUCCCCUCGCAGCGCUUUCUCAGCAAGGCUUGUGACCCCCCCCGCCCCCCCCCCCCCGUGCUCCCCAGCCUGACACAGCUUGGCUCUCUUAACCCGGCGCCUGCCCGUCGCUGGGCCGGGGGGCUGCCGGCUCCCCGUGGCCCCCCCCCCGGCACGCCGGGCUCUGGUGCUCCCCCCCUCUGGGCAGCCUCACCCCUCCCCACCUCCGCUUCACCCCUCUGCGCUUCGGGGGGGGCACCGGGGGUGGGCGGCCAGCGCCUUCGGGGGGGGGACGGGCCCUGGGCCGGGCAGGAGCCCGCCCGCACUGCGGGGGCUGGAGCCAGGCCGGAGUUAACAGGGAUAAGCUGUGAUCUUGCUUUCCGUCUUUUUUUUUUUUUUUUUUUUUUUCUGGAAAAAAAAAAAAAAAAAAAACCCAAAAACCAACACCAAAACCCCAACCUCUUCCUCCUGGCUGCUUCAGUUUCUGCUGAUCCUGUUUGAUGACGAUAGGUAUUACACACACGUUAGGCUGUUUUAACUGUUGACUUUAACCUUUUAUUCUUUGUGACGAUGUGUUGAUGAUUUAUCGUGCCCCAAACCCAUGCUAAGUUUCCUUUUCUCUUUCCUAACCGUAGGCGAGUAGAGACAUUAACCGCUGCUGCAGUGCUGGCUUCUUACUGACAUAUCCAGCAAUUGUAACUUUUUUGUCGUUUUGUUUUUGUUUUGGGUUUGUUUGUUUGUUUGUUUGUUUUUUUGAUUAGGUUUUUUUUGUUUUUUGUUUUAAUAUUUUAAAACGAUGGAGCAAAUUCGUGGGAUUUAAGCCAUGUCUGAAAUGAAAGGCACAAGAAUGUGUUAAAGGAAAAUUUGCUGUAACAGAUCAGAUGAAGCCUGUGUUGACUGCAACGAGACGUGUUGCAUCGAUGCUCGUAAAACCUCCUGCAGGGCCAAACCGCCAGCCCGGGAGGGUUCCUAGGACCUGCUGCGCAUUAAGGCAAAGUCAGUUUAUUUAUUAACUUGCCCCGCCAAAGCCCUGGGAUUCGGAUUUUUCCAGCCAGGGCCUGGGGGGGGGAGGAGGCAGGAGGCUGCUCUCGCGUGGAGUUGCAGGUUGAGGCAGGCGGUGAGUGCUGAGGCAGAAGGGGCUGUGGUGUGCGUGUGCGGUGCCGGAGGUGUCGGGGGGGGGACACGGCUCCGUCAGGCUGAGUGGGGCCGGGGGGGGGGACGCCGCGGGCAGAGAAGGGCUGGGGCAGGGGAGGCCGGUUCCCGAUGCCGGCGAGGGGCAGCUCAGACUGGGAAGGAGAUUUUUACCUGCUGGGUGAGGCGUGAGCUCCUCGUUUUCCUGUUGCGAAUGACACUAAAGAAACGAAAUGUAAAUAAAUUAAAAAAAAAAAAAAAAAAAAAAAAAAAAAGCGCGUUCUUGGGUCGUCAAACUAAUUUAAAGCAAAAACCGGGGUUGGGGUGGGGGGGGAAGCCGAAUAACAAAACACUGGGAUCAAAGUGACCUGAACCAGGCGCGUGCUGCGGGGGGGCUGGUCAAGGAGGGGACAGAGGGAAGCCUGCAGCUUCUCAUGCUUGUGGGGAAAGUUCCUUGGGAAGCCGACAAUGACACGAGAUAACCCGGAAUCUGUAUUUACACACAAAGAUUCUUAUUGCACUUGUAUUUUUUAUAUUAAAGUUUGCAUGAUUUCUAAUAAAAUGGCAUUAAAAUGUA